UGUCGUCACUGUGAAUCACUCAUGUGUUUGCGUGGCAUGCGUGCUAUUUUACUCGGAAAUGCUGAAGUUGAAUUGUUUUCAACCGAUAUCCCUCCAAAUGGAGUUCAACUUGUUUUUGAAGAUUAUCUUACGCAGAAUUGCGCAUGCCGAAUUCGCGAUGCGGCAUGUCUUGGCUGUGGAAACGUAGUUGGAUAUCACGUUACUCAGCCAUGUGAAGGAUGUUUGGAUGCAUGUAAUAAUGGU